UGGAUGACAAACAAGUUAAAGGAACAAGCCUCCAGAAUAAAACUAUAAAAAGGCUGAGUUCUCUCUGCCGAGACAUCCUUCAACCUGCUGCUGCACGAGCAACUUGGAUCUGAUCAUCAUAACGCGAGAUGGCGUCAGCGCUUCCUCUCAUUGUGCUCCUCUGUUUGGCCAUUGGACAGUUGGACGGCCGCAAUGUUAGAGGCUCUUCUCGUUAUAGAGUCUGUAUUCCUCGUCCUCUUUGGGCUCGGUAUGGCUCGCGCUAUUUCGUGGUUGAAAGCAGAAGUCUGACGAUGGCUGAUGCAGAGCUCAACUGCAUCCGUCUUGGUGGGAACCUGGCCUCGAUCCGCAGCUACAGUGAACACGCCUGGAUCAGGGCACUGAUCAGAACAGUCCUUGGCUCUAAUAGAGCUGCCUGGAUCGGGCUGUUUGAUGCAGUUCAGGAGCGAAAAUGGCUGUGGACUGAUGGGACGCAGAUCCGGUUCACUCGCUGGGCUCGCGGGCAGCCCAACAACUACCGUGGAAGAGAACAUUGUACCUACAUCAACAACGGGGACUAUUGGAAUGAUUACCAAUGUAACGUCAGGUUGCCUUCUGUCUGUGUGAAGAGACGCUGAUGCUCCGUCCUCCAUCGGCCCUCCUGUGUACCGACAUGAUGCCACUUCACCAUGACGACGUUACUUUGUCUUUGAUGUUACACUUCAAUAAGAGCAACUUUCUCUGAUGACUCACUUUUCAUUUCAUGCUUUAAAUCAAAAACUCGAACCAAAUCAGUAAACGGCAGCAUAUGAAAUUGCCUCAUUAAACUAUGAUUUAACUGUCAUAUAUUCACUAUCUUUCAUUUCAAUCACAAUCAAUACAAAAAAAAGAAAAAUACACUGUAAUAAAAAUAUUCUUUAAGCA